CGCGGCUCGAAGCCGGUCUGGUGGCCGAGCGCUCUGGCGGGUGCGACGCUGCGGCGGGCGGCUCGGGACGUCGGUGGUGGCGGCGCGUGGCGGGGUCGUCCUCGGCGGCGAUCUGCUGCUGGGCCGCAGGCGUCGCGCUGCGAAGCGGCUCGGCGCUCGCGAGCGGCGGCGGCGGCAGCGUGGCUGCGGCGCUCGCAAAGGGGCGCAUGGAGGGCGGCGAGCUGGCGGGGCGGGCGGCGCUGUGGAUGCUGCUCUUCAGCCUUGCGGCCGUGUUUGCGGGCGCCGAGACCGCCAUCACCACCCUCUGGCCGUGGAAGGUCAAGCAGCUCGCGAGCGACGAGGCGGAGGAGGAGGAGCGGACGGGCCGGCCGGGCAGCCGGAUCUUUGAGAAGCUGCAGGGGGACAUCACGCGCGUGCUGACGACGGUGCUCGUCGGCGUCACGAUCUGCACCAUCUACGGCACCGCCCUCGCCACCGACGUCGCGGUGCAGGUGUGGGGCCAGGCGGGCGUCGGGUACGCCACGACCCUGCUCACGCUGAUGACCCUCUUCUUUGGGGAGCUGGUCCCAAAGUCGCUCGCGGUGGCGAACGCGGAGGCGGUCGCGCGCGCGACGCUGCCGCUCAUCCACUGGUUCUCCUUCCUGCUCUACCCGCUCGGCCGCGUCAUGUCGGGCGGCACGCGGCUGAUGCUCUCCCUGCUCGGCGUGACCGCCUCGGAGGACGGCGAGGCGGUCUCCGAGCCGGAGCUGCGGAUGAUGCUGCUCAACGCGAAGCAGUCUGGCGCGGUCGAGCUGUACGAGAAGGACAUGAUCGAAGGCGUGCUCGACCUCGACCAGGCGACCGUCGAGCAGAUCAUGCAGCCGCGGGUGGAGGUGGUUGGCAUCGAGGUUGGCGACUCGCUGCGAGGCCUGCUCGCAAUCUCGCAGACGUACAAGUACUCGCGCGUCCCCGUCUACAACGGCACCAUCGACCAGGUGGUCGGCGUGGCCCUCACCCGCGAGCUGAUCGACUACGUCGACCGGCCGGGCGCCGACCUGAGCACGCUGCCCGCCUCGUCUCUGAUGGAGGACAUCGUCUAUGUACCCGAGACCAUGUCGGCGAUGAAUGCGCUCAAGCUGAUGCGGCAGCGGCGGCUGCACAUGGUGGUGGUGGUGGACGAGUACGGCGGCACGGCCGGCAUUGUCACUCUCGAGGACAUCCUCGAGACGCUCGUCGGCAAAAUCUACGACGAGGACGACGACGACGAGGUGCUCGAGGACAUCGACAUGAUCGUGCGGCGCGAGGACGGCUCGUACCUCAUCGACGGCCCCGCCGAGCUCGAGGCCGUCUGCAAGGUCCUCGGGGUCAGCCUGUCCGAGGAGGCGCUCUCCGAGUUCGCCACGCUCUCCGGCUUCCUCUGCCACCAGGCCGGCGAGAUACCCACCGACGGAGACGUGCUCUGGGUCGACCACGUGCGCUUCACCAUCGUCGAGGCGGACGAGAGGCGCAUCCUCGAGGUGGAGGCGCGGAACGUGACCGCGCCGGACGCCGGCGACGCCGCAGCCGGCGCCGGGCGCGCAUGACCAUGAGCGCGGCGGCCGUCUGUUCGUGAUUCUUUUGCCCGCCAACUUGGAGUGCAGUUUUCGAAGCGUAAUUCUAU